AUGUGCAGAUAUUACGCUGGUUGGUCAAACAAGAACCAUGGGAAGGUCUUUUCUGCAGAUAACAAUAUAAUGGCAUUUACUCAUCAUGAACCGGUUGGCGUGUGUGCCCAGAUAAUUCCAUGGAAUUUCCCGCUUCUUAUGCAAGCAUGGAAAUUGGCCCCAGCCCUGGCCAUGGGAAACACAAUCGUGAUGAAGACUGCCGAGCAGACACCGCUUUCUGCGUAUUGGGUUGCCAAUCUUAUUGCAGAGGCAGGAUUUCCUCCUGGUGUUGUCAAUAUUCUUUCCGGGUAA